AUGGCUGCGCCUAGUCAGAAGCUGUCUAAGAACCAAUUGCGCAGACAGAAAAAGAAAGCAGAAAAGCAAGCACAAUCCACAGAUACGCGAAAUUCGGAUCGUCUCAAGCAGGAACCUUCGCCAGAGCCUAAGGAUGAACCCUCGACACCUGAGUUACCAGCUCAGAAUGGCAAGAGGGUUGCAGAGCCGCUGGUCGUUGACGACAGCAAUCCGCUCUUCGACAUGUAUAAAGAUGUGAUGGGAAAAUUUGAGGAUGAGGAAAAGCAAGACCCUGUUUUGAAAGAGGCAGAUAAGCCUGAAGUCUACUUCGAUGACGAGAACGACAACGUAUACGACGAGGAAGAGGAAGAGGCUGGCAUGCAAAAGAUCUCUAAAAAGAAACGGAAAGAGCAGUCCAAGUUGUCCGUGGCCGAGCUGAAAGCAUUGGUACGAAAGCCUGAUGUGGUAGAAUGGACAGACACUUCCGCUCAGGAUCCUAAGAUGUUGGUACAUCUGAAGUCGUAUCGCAACGUGGUGCCAGUGCCAACGCAUUGGUCCUUAAAGAGAGAAUAUCUAUCAUCGAAACGUGGUAUUGAGAAAGCUGCAUUUUCUCUGCCAAAAUUCAUCCAAGAAACUGGUAUCGCGGAGAUGAGAGACGCAGUAUUAGAGAAGCAGAACGAAGCGUCUCUCAAGCAGCAACAGCGAGCACGAGUUCAACCUAAGAUGGGCAAGCUCGAUAUUGAUUACCAAAAGCUUUACGAGGCCUUUUUCAAAUUUCAGACGAAACCGGAACUUACUCGAUAUGGCGAGGUCUACUAUGAAGGGAAAGAGUACGAAACCAAUCUGAGACAUCUGCGACCAGGUGAACUCUCCGACGAGCUGAAAGAAGCACUAAACAUGCCACCUGGUGCUCCUCCACCAUGGCUAAUCAACCAGCAAAGAUAUGGCCCGCCACCAUCUUAUCCUGCUCUCAAAAUUCCUGGACUCAACGCACCACCUCCACCAGGUGCUUCUUGGGGCUUUCAUCCUGGAGGUUAUGGUAAACCGCCAGUCGAUGAGGCCACGAACAGACCACUCUACGGGGGCGAUAUCUUUGGAGUCUUGCAACAGCAACAACAAACGCAACAAGGCGAACCAGUAGAGAAGGAUCUGUGGGGAGAACUACAGGCGGCAGAAGAAUCUGAAGAAGAGGAAGAAGACGAAGAGGAAGCUGAGGAUGAGGAUGAAGAGGAGGGCGGAGCGGGCUUACAGACACCGUCUGGUACCCAGACAGCAGCAGGCUUGCAAUCUUCAGUACCGACUGAUAUUGGUGGUACCGAGACGGUGUCAGAGUUUGACCUGAGAAAGAGGAGAGGCACAGAAACCGAGGAAUCUUCACAGCCACGGUCUGCAUAUACAGUUGUGCCGGAACGACAAACACGAGUGGAGGGAUUCUUUGGUGGUGACAGGGCAUAUGAUUUGAAGGCGGCACAGCAAGGCAACAUACCUGUGCUGGGUCAAGAAGAGUCGAGAAAGAGAAAGAAGCCAGGCGACGUUGAGGUAUCAAUGAACCCAGAUGAUUUAGCAGCAAGAGACGGACUUGAUAAAGAAGAUGUGCGCCGAGCAUAUGAUGAGCAGCGGAAGACCGAGCAGCCAUUCGGGCGAGAGUUCCAGGAGGAUUUGUCGGAUAUGAUUGCUACAGAAUCAAGAAAGAGACAAAAGCGCGAUGAAGAGCGGCGGCAUAAACGAUAA